ACGAUAUCAGAAAUUGCAGAAGAUAAUGAAGCCCUGCUUUGGAGAUAUGUUGUCCUUUACACUGACUGCAUUUGUUGAGCUGAUGGAUCAUGGGAUUGUAUCGUGGGAUACAUUCUCUGUGGCAUUCAUUAAAAAGAUAGCAAGCUACGUGAACAAAUUUGCCUCGGACAUCUCCAUCUUACAACGGUCGCUAGCAAUCCUGGAAUCGAUGGUGCUCAAUAGCCAUGACCUGUACCAGAAGGUGGCACAGGAGAUCACAAUUGGGCAGCUAAUCCCACAUCUGCAGGGGACAGACCAAGAAAUCCAAACGUAUACCAUAGCGGUAAUAAAUGCACUUUUUCUUAAAGCACCGGAUGACAAGAGGCAGGAAAUGGCAAACAUUUUGGCACAAAAGCAGCUUCGCUCCAUCAUCUUAACUCAUGUUAUCAGGGCACAAAGGGCCAUCAAUAAUGAAAUGGCACACCAGCUUUAUGUUCUGCAAGUACUUACCUUUAACCUUCUGGAAGACAGAAUGAUGACAAAAAUGGAUCCACAGGAUCAGGCUCAACGGGAUAUCAUAUUUGAACUCCGAAGAAUUGCCUUUGAUGCAGAAUCUGAACCUAACAACAGUAGUGGCAGCAUUGAGAAACGCAAAUCUAUGUAUACUCGUGACUAUAAAAAACUUGGAUUUAUUGUGAGUAUUUUUGUGUGGUGGUACACUGAAAGUGG